AUGGAAGUGGAAGAAGUGAUUCGGACUAUAUGCGCUAUUUAUGACCCUUCAACGUCGAACUCGUAUCGCCUGGUGUGUACGCAGGUUAGGUUUCCUCGUUAUUCCAUAUAUUGA